AUGUGGAUAAAGAAUCAUCACAGCAGGCUAUCCGGAGAGAUGUAUUUAUCAGAGCAAUGCAAGGCAAACGCUUUACAAUUCUUGUUGGCGCCGAGAGAGAUGCCUACAUUGCUAGUGGCCCAACGAGGUGGACAUGAUGAUUGGUAUCCUCUGUCCCGCAAGAGGCCUAUCAUCGCCGCACCACCCCUUUCCCUUGAGCCUCAUCAUGAAGCCGCAGUCCGAGUCCGUAUGUUUUAUCUCCGUACUGCAAAGCUGAACUUAGCCCAGGAAACCGUCGCCUUGGGACAAUUCUACUAGGUGGAAGCCAUCUAGAAUAUGCAAUAGCAUGGGGAGCAAGCACCCAUGACAACUAGAUUACUUGCCCAGUUCAAGUUUUGAAUAUUCUUCACCUUGCGUCUGCCGGACGGCUUGCUGGGUAUUGCUCAACGGCAUCUUUCAGCUGCUAGAAGGUCCUAGAGUCCUACUGUCACUUAACAUCUCAGUGAGGUCUCCAAACCCUUUGACCCGCUUAUCAUAGGGCUUCCGGUGUAAUGGAAGCGGCAAUUCGGGUUGGCCAGAGAAGACCGCGUCAGAGGUUUCGCCUCCACAAGUCGGUUGGGGUUGGAUCGGAGUCAGGUGUAUUAUGUUAGCUACCGUGUCAAGCAGUCCUUGCAGAUUGGAUAACAAGGUGUACUACUGAUAAAGGCUCUCUACCCCCACUCCUUUGUUCUCUACUUUUAUUUUUCUACCAUAUCUACGGUCAGCUGGCACCAUCUCACUCCCGAGAGGAUACAUGACGGAGAAAAUCUUUUCCAUUCCGACCAACCCCUGAGGUCACUGUGCCCAGCCCUCAAACACCCAAAAUCCAGUAUUGAUGCCGCGCUUGUUCAAUCUUUCAGACUUUCGUCACAUUUUGCUUGAGAGUAUGGCCUGUUGACAUGCCGGGAGACAAAGCUAGUCAGCAGUCGGUCGAGUCUCAGACUUCGACAUACCAAAAUGUUUCACGAAAAUGGGAUGUAUUUCCAACAGUGGAUAUGAAGAUCAUCGAUGACGCAGUCAAAGAGUUGCGCAGUUCCUCUGAUUCAAGUCCUCUUCAAUCGCAAACAUCUGGCUCAUACUACCCUUUUUGAGCCUUGAAGAAAACUCCUGCUGCUGAAAUUGUUGUGAAUACUUGGAUGAUGAAUUCAUCAAACAUCAAGCAAGUCAAAUUAAGACAUAAAAAGAAUAUUAUUGAACGGUCGAAAGAUUUGAAGCAUCUUUUAUUCGAUUGGCAUCCGAUUAUCAUCAACUCCAUGCCUCAAUUGGGAACUUUACGAGGUAUAGCUCCAGAUAAAAAGAAAGUCGCUGUCCUUAUCGCCUUGGAAAAGCUUUCGCACGAGAACGGGUUGUUUCUGGGCGAGGAUGUUGAGAUGGAUACGGGAGAUGCUGUUGUCUUUGAUGGUGGAGAAUCAAUAAUAUUUCCUGGAAAUGGGGGGGGGCCUCGCGAUAUUGUUGCUGUUAGAUAUCUGAUUUUUGAGAGUCCCAAUUGAUUUCCAGAUUCAAUUUGUAUGUACAUAGCCGAAAGUCGAAAAGUAUGUCUUUAUAAUGAUAGACAUACACUCCUUAGCCAUAUCCUAUGUUAAGAAGCUAUUGUUUG